GUCGAUUCCUUUCCUCUGACAUAAUUUUUUCCACUGAUAACACAGGUAAUUAUAUAUAGAGUGAGGAACAUGGGAGGUGUGGAUAAUGAUGAACCUGUUAAACGGCACGGCCACCCCUAAAGAGGUGCUAGAGGUGGUUUUACAACUAUGAUUAUUUUUCACAAAGACAAAAAUCCCAAGAGCACUCCAACAAAUAAAAACGCAAGAAUAAUGUAGGGAAGUGCAAGAGACAACGAUGUAUCUUGCUUCGACUUAAUGUCUAUGCCCAGUCUCCGAACAAAAAGUGCCUGAGAUUUUACUAAUCUUUGUCAAAGUUAACGAAGUUUGGACUGGUCUUAUUGGUGGGCUGUGGAUUUGGCCUUGAUUUCCUGACGAAAUUACCAAGAUCUGAAAUUAGUUGUACCGGGUAUCUCAUCUUGUCGUUGGAGAUGACAGAAGAUGGGAAGUUCCGAAUUGAGAAGUUCGAUGGUACAGAUUUCAGUUGGUGGAGAAUGCAAAUUGAAGAUUUGCUGGUUCAGAAAGAUUUAGACGUGGUAUUGGGUGACAAGCCAGAAAAGAUGUCAGAUGCAGAUUGGGCAGGUUUGGAUCGGAAAGCAAUGUCCGUGAUCCGACUCUCGUUGACCAAGAAUGUUGCAUUCAACAUUCUGAAGGAGACGACAGCGAAAGGCAUCAUGGAAGCGCUGUCUAAUAUGUACGAGAAGCCAUCUGCGGCAAACAAAGUGUUUCUGAUUAGAGAAUUGGUGAACACAAGGAUGAAAAAUGGCUCUUCAGUUACCGAGCAUAUCAACAAGUUGAAUUCGAUCUUAGCUAGACUUUUGUCAGUGGGCAUUAAGUUCGAUGAUGAAGUUCAAGCUUUACUACUAUUAUCGUCAUUGCCUGACAGUUGGUCCGGAACUGUUACAGCAGUUACCAGUUCAGCGGGACCUGACGGAUUCACUUUUGAGAAGAUUCGUGAUCUCGUUCUUGGCAAGGAUGUCAGAAGAAGGAUUUCUGAGAGCAGUGUAGAUUCCUGGGUCAUGGAUUCUGGUGCUUCAUUUGAUGCUACCCACAGUGGUGAAGCAUUGCAGAAUCUAGUUGUUGGGGACUUUGGAAAGGUACGACUAGCAGACGACGGAGCUCUUGAUGUGACGGGCAUGGGUGACAUAGUGCUGAAGACCCCUGUCGGUUUCUGGACUUUGAAGGAUGUCAGAGUGGUUCCAGCCUUGAAGAAAAGUUUGAUUUCUGUUAGGCAGUUAGACGAACAGGGACACGAGGUGAAGUUCAGAAAUGGGCAGUGGAAGGUCGUGAAGGGAAAUCUUGUCAUGGCCCGUGGAAGGAAGAGAGGUUCGUUGUAUAUUGUCGAGUUACCAUCUGAGGGAGUGACCGUCCCAAUUCAGAAGAAAAACGAAGUCCGGUUCACAGAGUCUCGUGGGCAGAAGAAGGUUUUCUAUGCAAGAAAGAAACCCAGAGCCACAGGUCAGACUCAGGAUGAACGAGCGAGGAAAGGUUCAAUGAGGCCAGUCAGAGGUAUCUGUGGCAGUGGGAGCACAGGUUUUGCUUCAGCCAAGGUUCCUAUAAGACAUUGGGUCCGGAGAACCAGUAUUCCAGCUGUUGAAACAUCUCCAGAAAAUUUCUUGCUCAGUAUGGAGAUUGUUUGUUUUCAGGAUGUUCCAGGAUCCGGCAGUGCGUGUGUGCAGUGGGAGCCGGUAGGGACCGAGGAUGAGUCAGGGGCAGUUCAAGCCAUGACUGAUGGGUUGAAACUCAGGAGAGUUUCAACAGAGUCUUCUCGAUGAUCAAGAAGGCUGGUGGCAACUAGAGGUNGGUGGUGGAAUUUUGAGUUCCGUUAUCAGAUUACAGAAGUACAUGUGCACAGUUGAAGCGCAGGUGAACAUUGUUCCGUGGCUUCAAGUGGGAGAUUGUUGAGUGUGAAGCCAGGAAGCUAGGUGGAAGCUAACAGGAAAUUGGCAGGAAGCUACCUAGAAGCUUACGGCUUAAUCAUUGUCUCCCUAACUAAUCUCUAU